GCGGCGCGGGCAGCUGCGCUCUAGGACCCGAGGAGGAAGAGCCGCCGGGAGACGGCGCCUGGAGCGGGCGCUGCCGCGAGCGGCCGGCCGAGGCUGGAGAUGGACGGGGAGCGCUCCGGAGCCACAUGGGCCGAGCUGCCGGGGCGGCGGCACCGGGAGCAGGAUGCGGCCGCCCGUAAUUAAAUAGCAUUUACUCUUAUUAUUACUAAUAAUAAUAACGUAAUCAUACCUCUAGUCAUAGCAUACCAUUUAUCGGGCUCGGCGCAGGCCCGCGGGGAGCGCAGCCCGGCCGAGAGACUGAUGGAGAGGCAGAAACGGAAGGCGGACAUCGAGAAGGGGCUGCAGUUCAUUCAGUCGACACUACCCCUAAAGCAAGAGGAGUAUGAGGCCUUCCUGCUCAAGCUGGUGCAGAAUCUGUUUGCGGAGGGCAAUGACCUGUUCCGGGAGAAGGACUAUAAGCAGGCCCUGGUGCAGUACAUGGAGGGGCUGAACGUGGCCGACUACGCAGCCUCCGACCAGGUGGCCCUGCCCCGGGAGCUGCUGUGCAAGCUGCACGUCAACAGGGCGGCCUGCUACUUCACCAUGGGCCUGUAUGAGAAGGCACUGGAGGACAGCGAAAAGGCGCUGGGCCUGGACGGCGAGAGCAUCCGGGCUCUGUUCCGCAAAGCGCGCGCCCUCAACGAGCUGGGACGCCACAAGGAGGCCUACGAGUGCAGCAGCCGCUGCUCCCUCGCCCUGCCCCACGAUGAAAGUGUCACUCAGCUUGGUCAGGAGCUGGCUCAGAAGCUUGGGCUGCGAGUGCGGAAGGCAUAUAAGAGGCCCCAGGAAUUGGAAACCUUUUCUCUGCUCAGUAACGGCACCGCGUCUGGCGUGGCAGAUCAGGGAACUUCCAAUGGAUUGGGGUCCAUAGAUGACAUCGAAACAGACUGCUACGUGGACCUGCGAGGCUCCCCGGCUCUCCUCCCCUCCACCCCCUCGAUGCCCCUGUUCCCUCAUGUCCUGGACCUGCUGGCCCCCCUGGACAGCAGCAUCAGGGCCCUCCCCGGCACGGAGAGCCUGGACGACUUCUCGGAUGGGGAUGUCUUUGGUCCAGAGCUGGACACCCUCCUGGACUCGCUGUCUCUGGUCCAGGGUGGCCUGCCCGGCGGCGGCGUGCCUAGUGAGUUGCCCCAGCUGAUACCCGUGUUUCCCGGCGGGACCCCGCUGCUGCCACCCGUGGUGGGCGGCUCCAUCCCCGUCUCCAGCCCACUGCCCCCUGCCUCCUUUGGCCUCGUCAUGGACCCCUCCAAGAAGCUGGCCGCCUCUGUGCUGGACGCCCUCGACCCCCCAGGCCCCACACUGGACCCCCUGGACUUGCUGCCCUACUCGGAGACCCGACUAGACGCCCUUGAAAACUUCGGGUCAACCCGCAGCUCCCUGGACAAGCCCGACUCCUUCCUGGAGGAGACCAACUCGCAAGACCACCACCCCCCAAGCAGUACUCAGAAACCAGCCCCAUCACCAGAGCCCUCCAUGCCCAACACGGCCUUGCUCAUCAAGAACCCCUUGGCGGCCACCCACGAGUUCAAGCAGGCCUGCCAGCUCUGCUACCCCAAGACAGGCCCCAGGGCCGGCGACUACGCCUACCGCGAGGGCCUCGAGCACAAAUGCAAGCGGGACAUCCUGCUUGGCCGCCUCCGGAGCUCCGAGGACCAGGCCUGGAAGCGGAUCCGGCCUCGGCCCACCAAGACCAGCUUCGUGGGCUCCUACUACCUGUGCAAAGACAUGAUUACCAAGCAGGACUGUAAGUACGGGGAUAACUGCACCUUCGCCUACCAUCAGGAGGAGAUCGACGUGUGGACGGAGGAGCGGAAGGGCACCCUCAACCGAGACCUGCUCUUCGACCCGCUGGGGGGCGUCAGGCGCGGCAGCCUCACCAUCGCCAAGCUCCUUAAAGAGCACCAGGGCAUCUUCACUUUCCUCUGCGAGAUCUGCUUCGACAGUAAGCCCCGGAUCAUCAGCAAAGGCACCAAGGACUCUCCUUCCGUCUGCUCCAACCUGGCUGCCAAACACAGCUUCUACAACAACAAGUGCCUGGUGCACAUCGUCCGCUCCACCUCCCUCAAGUACUCCAAGAUCCGCCAGUUCCAGGAGCACUUCCAGUUCGACGUGUGCCGCCACGAGGUGCGCUACGGCUGCCUACGCGAGGACAGCUGCCACUUCGCGCACAGCUUCAUCGAGCUCAAGGUCUGGCUGCUGCAGCAGUACUCAGGCAUGACCCAUGAAGACAUCGUUCAGGAAUCCAAGAAGUACUGGCAGCAGAUGGAGGCCCACUCGGGGAAGGCCAGCAGCAGCUUGGGAGCCCCUCGGAGCCACGGGCCCAGCACCUUUGACCUGCAGAUGAAGUUCGUGUGCGGCCAGUGCUGGAGGAACGGGCAGGUGGUGGAGCCUGGCAAGGACCUCAAGUACUGCAGUGCCAAGGCCCGGCACUGCUGGACCAAGGAGCGGCGGGUCCUUCUGGUGAUGUCCAAGGCCAAGAGGAAGUGGGUGUCCGUGAGGCCCCUGCCGUCUAUCCGCAACUUCCCACAGCAAUACGACCUCUGCAUCCAUGCGCAGAACGGCCGCAAGUGCCAGUACGUGGGCAACUGCUCCUUCGCACACAGCCCCGAGGAGAGAGACAUGUGGACGUUCAUGAAGGAGAACAAGAUCCUGGACAUGCAGCAGACCUACGACAUGUGGCUGAAGAAGCACAACCCAGGGAAGCCGGGGGAAGGGACCCCGAUCAGCUCUCGGGAAGGGGAAAAGCAGAUCCAGAUGCCCACGGACUAUGCUGACAUCAUGAUGGGCUACCACUGCUGGCUCUGCGGCAAGAACAGCAACAGCAAGAAGCAGUGGCAGCAGCACAUCCAGUCGGAGAAGCACAAGGAGAAGGUCUUCACGUCCGACAGCGACGCCAGCGGCUGGGCCUUCCGCUUCCCCAUGGGCGAGUUCCGGCUCUGCGACAGGCUCCAGAAGGGCAAGGUCUGCCCAGACGGGGACAAGUGCCGCUGUGCCCACGGGCAGGAGGAGCUCAGCGAGUGGCUGGACCGGCGCGAGGUCCUGAAGCAGAAGCUGGCCAAGGCCCGCAAGGACAUGCUGCUGUGCCCGCGAGAUGACGACUUCGGCAGGUACAACUUCCUGCUGCGAGAGGACGGGGACACCACCGGUGCCACCCCAGAGGCCCCUGCUGCUGCUGCCUCUGCCGCCGCCGCCGCUGCCACCACCACGGGGGAAUAGGGCCAGGUCUUGGCUGUGGGCAGAGUCCUGGGGUCGGGGGUAGGGGUGGGAAGAGAAGGCCUCAUGGAAGGGCUAGGGCAAGCCAGCUGGGGGUGGGGGAUCGACCUCAUCAGGCAGCCCCUUGCCCCCUGGGGCCCAUCCAUCCUCCCUGCCCCCACUGCCCCCUGUGCGCAUACCCAGGUGCACACGCUGCAGCCCCAGGCAGUCCCAGGGUCUGUAUCCUGCUGAAACCUGGGCAGACCCUCCCCCACCCCCGUGGCUCUCCUGGUUGGGGUGGGAGAGGCCUGGCUGACCCCUCCAACUUCAGCUUACAGCUUUAACUUCUGUCUGCUCCUACAGGGGGCCCAAAGCUCAGGGCUGGGGAGCCUGGGGUCCCCACUUGAAUCUGCAGCAAGAGGGGCUUUCUCCUUGGUCCCCCACCCUAUCCCCUUGCCCUGAGGGCAGAUUAGGAUACCACAGAGGGCAGGGGACCCUGAUUAGCUUUAAAAUGCAGCCCCAGGAUGGAGCCAGGGGACACUUACCCCCCCCCAGGCCCCAGUUUCCCCUCUGGCUAGAAGGGUGGGAGAGGCUGGACUGGUGAUUUCUGGAGCCUGGUUGAGGAGUCUUGAUUCUGUCCUUGAUGCCCCCGCCCCGGCCCUUCUUCCUCGUGGGCAGUUGAACAUAGACUGGAGCCUUCAGCCUUUGGAUGGGUCCCAACCCAAUCUCCACUUUGCAGACACGAACACUGAGGCCCAGGGGAGGAGUUGGUCUGCCCAGGGUCUCUGGUCCACUGCUGGAGGCGGAGCUGGGAUGAAUGGGGGAGAGGCCACAAUGCUCAGGGCCAGUCACUGGCUGGAGCCCUCAAGCCUCUUGGCAGGCAGGGAUGGGGCCGUCUCUGAGUCAGGGUGCAGUGUGGGGGAGGGGUCCCUGGAGGCUGGGGACGCGCAGCUCUCAUCAGUACCCCCUGGAGGGCAGAGGCGGCAGAGGACCGUGCUGGUGAGCUCAGGUUCUACAGGAGGUGCAGUGGUGGGGAGGGGAGGGCCUGGGGGACUUGGAGAGAAGAGAUGACCCUGGCACCUGGGCCACUCCAGGACGGCACAUGACCCCUCUGUCCUGGCGACCAUCGCGAUCCUCUGCCCUCAACCCAGACACACCAUGUGUCCAUCUGUCCCAGCUCUUCCCGAUGCCAGCCCUGCCAGCUGCCUGGGACCCCAGCUGACCCCAGCCUUUGCCCUUACCCACUAAGGCCUCUCCUGUUCCCCUCGUCUGACGUGCCUGUGUGUACCCCUUCCUUUCCAUUCCAUGCCCCACGGGAAGACUCAGCCUCCCCUGGCUCCCCAAACAUUCCAGAAUGCCCCAGGCCGUUGGCACAAGGAGCGGGACACCCCCGCAGACACCCAGGGACCAAGGCAGGGUGGGGGUGAGACGGAGAGAACAGAAUACCCAUGCUUCUCCCCAAGCAAAGACCGAUCGUGCGGUGACAAACGAGGGGCACCAGGGCUCUGGAGGACCCUGCUCCUCAUUGCCACCGCCGCCAGCCUUUUCCCGACAGCUGUGGCUUGCUCCCUUGUCUCCUCCCCGCCCCGCCCCAGCAGGCCAGCACUGCAGAGUCUGGGUGCUGGUGGCCUGCCUGGGGGGAGGAGAGACCACCGCCCAGGUGGGGGCCGUGCCGUGAAUGGCAUGACACUCGUCCCCCUGACCCGUGGUGUUGUAGUCCGUCGUCACCAGCCUUGUUCUAGUGUGUAUAUAUGUCGCCCCGUGAUGCAUAUAUACACAGGUAUUAAAUAUAUCGCUCUAUAUAAUAUUAUAUAUGUGUGUGGUAUCCAAGGAAUCACUUCUAAUGAGGGCUAAAGAUAAAGAAACGGCCAGAAGAACGCAGCCAUUCUUGCGUGGGGGGUUGUUUCCCCCGCUGUUGGUGAGGAGCUGAGCCCCGGAGCCAGGAUUCAGAGGUGAUCGGAUUCAGGCAGCGGUGGUGGGAGCGCCCCCACCCCGGGGCCCAGCUCUGCCGAUUGCUUCCUGGACCACAGCGUGCAAGAAUAAUCAAACUUGCCAAAGAAGUAGGCUGCAAGUCCAGGGUGUCCGUCUGCAGCUGUGAUCGGACCAGGGGCCCUGUGGGCAGGGAGUUAGGGGGAAGGGCACGGCUUCAGCUGUUGCCCCUCUGAGGCCUGUGCCCACCCCUGGUGGCAGGGCCAGGACAGCAUGGCACGGUGGGGUGGGGGCGGGGCCUGCGUUUCUCAGCUGGCAGUAAUCAAUUUAAUGGUCCUUUUUAAAACAUCUGUGUAUUAAAAAUUUAAGAAUACCACACUUUAAUAUUAAAUAUCAUAAGGUCUAGUAUCUUGAUAAUAAUGUAGAUGUUUUAAUAACAAUUUUUGUCCUUCUUAAAAUAAAAUGAAAGAAACUUGA